UGCGGCUUUUAACAACAACGCCGGUGGCAGCACUGUGCGAUCGCUAAUUUGCGUUGAACGACACGUAUUUCGGUUCGCGCGCGCGUGAACUGCGUAAAUCGCCCAUAUAAUUCGUGCGACGACCGUGACGACGAUCACAUCGACGAUUAACGACGAGGAACCUGAAGAAUCUAUUUUACAUCACAGGUAAUCAGUAGUUGCAUCGUUUAGUAUACUGGCUAUGAAAAUGAAGAUCCCAAACGGUGGGCCUGGAAACGGGACUUAUUACGGGCAGGAGACGGGCAUCACCUCCUAUAUGGACAACAACAGUGACACGGAGCCCGAAGUGCAAGCGAUAGGCGAUGGCGAUUUUUCAGAAUAUCUUUGGAUGGAGAACGAGGAGGAGUUUGACAAGCAGGUGCUCCAACAAUUAGAAGAGGAAGAACUGAUGGAAGAGUGUCUAGAAGCGAUGCUGGAAGAAGAAAGGCAGCACCAAAGGAAUAUGAGCUCUACUGCUUGGUCUACGGCUACUGGCACUCCCGACAAUAAUGCUGCGGAACUUUGCCAACAGCUCAGCAGUCUAAGGAUGCAGUCUGACGAUCUCGCCAAGCAGAGCACACUAAAUCCAGACGCAGCUGAAUUUAUUCCAGCAUGCAAAUCGACUGUGGUACCACCUACCUAAUUGCCGGCAGAGUAAAAAUUGUGAAGAAGAAAGAAACGGCUGCACGACUUUGGAAAUAAUCGGAUAUUUUAUGAUGCGUCAUAUUUAAAUAAAAGUAACGCGAGAAAAUCAUUAAAAUUCUGUAACACUACAAAAAAACAAAAAAUCAAAUGAAUGCGAGUAUAAAACAGAGACUGAUUUCACGUCCAUUUUUACGUCAGCUUUAAUAUCUGAAUUAGAUUGUAAUCCAUCUUUUAACGAUUACUUUACUACAACUAAUAUAAAUCCUAUGUAAUAUAGAAAAUCAUUUUGCAAUACUAUGCUGCAUAAUAAUUGAUACACUAAUAUCGAUAAAAAUACGCUGAUUAUUGAUCUGUAUCUAAGGUUUUAUUGUUAAAAAGAAUUUAGUUUGUGCUACGUCUUGAAAUUUCGUUUCGACCUAGGAGACAUUGAUCUUAGACGAAAAAAAACACGUAUACGUAAUAAAGAAUUCAUUUGCAGAUUAUAUGAAUAAGGCAGCUGUUAUGUGUCGAAGAUACAUAAUAAUCAUGUAUAUCCCUCAUUGUUCCAUCAUUGUUCAAAUUGUACAAAUUUGACUUUAUCUUAACGUCUUCAGAUGUCAAGACUUGAUGUUAUCAUGUGACAUAUUAGAAAUCGCAUCACGAUAGACUUGUGAGCUGAGAUUUGUAUUACUUAUAUAUAUAUAUGAAUAAUCGCAUAAUUUAUUCAUCUAAUUUUUUAAAUUUCUUACGUCCUUUAUUCAACUUGUCUCGAAUUUUUAGUAAUUACUGCAAUUCCUUUAAUUCACUUGCAUAUAUUGGUAUCUCUACUCGAUAUGUAAUACUAAGAAUAUUAUACAUAAGUUAUUCUAGAUUUAAGAAAUGUGCAGCUGUAAUCUUCUCGUACAGUACAAUAUGAAACAAUACUACAAUAAACGAUAGUCAUUAUAACAUCAUAAAAUCAUCAUGAUAACUGAUUAUACGUAUCUGCAGUAACCAAUGCGAACAUUGUAAUUCGAGUUGUAAGGUUCGAUCACUUGCGUGUUUAUGAAAAUAACUGUUAUCUUUUUAGCGUUAUGUUAAUCAAAAGGAAAAAAA